AUGGCUCCCAAUGAAAGCCUUCAGAUUGUGGCAAUAAUCUUUUUGCUAAAGCACUUUGGAUGGACAUGGAUUGGCCUUUUAAUUCUGGAUGAUGAGAGUGGAGAUAAUUUCCUCCAAGCCUUGGAUCCACUUCUUUCAGAGAACAGGAUCUGCUCUGCCUUUGUGGAGAGAAUGCCCAACCAAGUCUUUUUUCAUAUGUUUCAAAAUAAAAUUGUGGAUAGGAUAAAUAUUUAUUUGGAGGACAUCAGAAUCAACACAUUCAUCUUCUAUGGGGAAAGCACUACAGCAAUGCUUUUGUUUAUGUUCCUUAAAUAUACAUAUUCUUUGAAAAUAUUGGGAAAAAUGUGGAUUCUCACAGCUCAAAUGGAUUUAACAUUAACAAGCCUUCAUCGACCCUCAGAUCUACAAUUGUUCAAUGGAGCAAUUUCUUUUGCUAUCCACUCCAAUGAACUGCCAGGGUUCAAUGAAUUCCUUUGGGCCAUCAAACCAUUCCAGACCCAACGAGAUACUUUGUUCAAAGAGUUCUGGGAGCAAGGCUUUGAUUGCUCAUAUAUGGGGAAUAAUAAACCAAUGGAAAGUGAUGAAGCAUGUACUGGGAAUGAAGAGCUAAAAAACCUUCCUGGGCAUUUAUUUGAAAUGACUGGCCAUAGCUACAGUAUCUACAAUGCAGUCUAUGCUGUGGCACAUGCUGUUCAUGGCAUGAACUUACUUAGGUCUAAAUACAAAAGAGUAACAGAAAGUAGAAGGGAUGAACUUCAAAAUCAAGAUACUUGGAAGCUUCACUGGUUUCUUCAAGGCCUUUCAUUUAAUAAUUCACUUGGAGAAUCUGUGUCCAUCAACCACCAUGGAGAAGUGCUUUCUGGAUUUGAUAUUACAAAUGUGGUCAUAUUUCCAAACAACUCCUACCAUAAAGUGAAAAUUGGAAAGAUGGAUCCCAAAGCAAUUGAAGGAGAACAAUUUAUGAUUCAGGAACAUUUAAUUGUGUGGCAUAAAGAUUUUAAGCAGGUCCUGCCCCGUUCAAUAUGUAAUGAUCCCUGUCCUGUUGGCUAUCAGAAGAAAAAGAAAGAAGGUGAGAAAUUUUGCUGCUAUGAUUGUGAUCCAUGUUCUGAUGGGAAGAUGUCAAACAUUUCAGACAUGAUUGCCUGUUCUGAAUGUCGAGAAGAUCAAUAUCCAAGUAAGGACAAAGUUCGAUGCAUUGCCAAAAUCAUAACUUUUCUAACUUUUGAAGAACCUUUAGGAAUCAGUUUAGUGGUGGUUGCUGCUUUAUUCUUAAUCAUUACCACGUUCAUACUUGCAAUAUUCAUUAAGUAUAAAGACACUCCUAUGGUUAAAGCUAACAACAAGGACCUCACAUACACUCUCCUCAUUUCCCUUCUGCUUUGCUUCCUCUGCUCUUUUCUCUUCCUUGGAAAACCUCUCAAACUGAUUUGCUUCCUUCAACAAUCUGUGUUUGGCAUUAUCUUCUCGGUGGCCAUUUCUUCUGUAUUGGCCAAAACCAUCAUGGUCAUUGCAGCAUUCAUGGCCACCAAACCAGGGUCUGGCAUGAGAAAAUGGUUGGGGAAAAGGUUGUCCAUCUUAAUUGUUUUUUCUGGCUCCUUCAUUCAAGCAAGCAUUUGUCUGGCAUGGAUGAUCACCUCUCCCCCCUUUCCAGAGCUUAAUAUGCAAUCAGUGGCUGAAGAGAUCAUAGUAGAAUGUAAUGAAGGAUCUGUUGUGAUGUUUUAUCUUGUCUUGAGCUAUAUGGGAUUUCUGUCGCUGGUCAGCUUCAUGGUGGCUUUUCUAGCUAGGAACCUGCCAGACACAUUCAAUGAAGCCAAGUUCAUCACUUUUAGCAUGCUGGUGUUUUGUAGUGUUUGGUUAACUUUUGUUCCCACCUAUUUGAGCACCAAAGGAAAGUAUAUGGUAGCUGUGGAAAUCUUCUCCAUCUUAGCUUCUAGUGCUGGGUUAUUGGGAUGUAUUUUCUUCCCCAAAUGCUACAUUAUUUUGUUGAAGCCUGAACUCAACAGUAAACAUCAACUUGUAAAGAAAAAGCAUUUCUGA